GCAUAUGAGCUUAAGAGUUUCAAUGACAGUGUAUUCCUCGUUCGAAAUUGAAGGGAUUUAACGUAAGAAUGAAUAACAUUAAAGGUAAAACUGUCCUAAUUACUGGCGCAGCCGUUGGCCUUGGAUAUAAAUACGCCGAAGAUUUGCUAAGGAAUGGCGCCAAGAGUGUUGCCAUUUUGGAUCUGGCCAGUUCUAAAGGCGACCAGUCUGCGGUAACAUUGGAAAACGAAUUUGGCAAAAAUCGAGCCAUCUUUGUACCUUGCGACGUAUCGAAUGCCUCGCAAUUCGAAGAGGCUGUAAAGAAGGUUAUCUCUAGCUUCAAUGUCAUUGAUAUAUUUAUUAACAAUGCUGGAAUUUUGGAUGAAUCUAAAUGGAUAAAAACAAUUGACAUUAACGUCACGGGUCUCUUUCGUGGAUGCUUUUUAGCCUUGGACCAUAUGAGCAAGAACAAAGGUGGCAAAGGUGGAACUAUCGUAAACAUUGCUUCUAUCGUUGGAAUUUCUAACAAAUUUAUAAAAGCUCCAGUUUAUACGGCAAGUAAACACGCCGUCGUUGGAUUCAGCAACGUUUUGAAGAAUUUGGAAGAUAAAACUGGUGUCCGCGUGUUGGUCAUGUGUCCUGGUGUUACGGAGACAUAUUUAUUCCAGGACGUUGAAAGCAAAUUUACCAAAAUAGUGGAUAUACCCACUGCAGAAUUUUUCCAGAAUUACCCUAAGCAAACGGUCGAUAAUGUUUCACAAGCAAUGAUGGAUCUAAUUGAAAAAGGUAAAAACGGAGCGAUUUGGGUCAGCGAGGGCGGACAACCGCCGUAUCAGAUCGAGAUUCCUCAUUAUACGGAGCUUGUCGUGCCUAUAUUAUCGGUCGGUAAGGCAAAAAAUUUCGUUUUCGAAAGAAAAAAAAUGCAAAUAAAAGACAAAAGAGCGAUCGUAACGGGCGCAGCGAGUAAAUUGGGCUUGGCCUUUAGCAGAGAAUUGUUACGUAACGGUGCAACUAAAGUCCUCAUGAUCGACAACCGCGAGGAGGAGGGGACAGGGGCGAUGGAGAGAUUAAAUUUUGAAUUUGGCCGUAAUCGCGCGAUUUUUCUUCCCUGCGACGUGACCCGUAGCACCGAUUUCAAUAUUACAUUUAAGGAUGCAAUCAAUAUCCUUGGCGGUCUGGAUAUUUUAAUCAACAACGCCAGCGUGAUAAAUGAGGCUGACUUUGUAAAAGCUAUAGAUGUUAAUGUGACAGCUCUGAUUCGUUCAACUUUACUGGGAAUACAACAAAUGCGUCGAGAUUCAGGUGGAAAAGGAGGCGUUGUCCUCAAUGUUUCCUCGAUCGCUGGCCUAUGUGCUUUACCACAACUUCCAGUUUACUCCACCGCAAAACACGCCGUGGUGAAUUUUAGCCGUUCCUUCGCCCAACCUUAUCAUUAUCAGAGAACCAAGGUGAGAAUCAUAGUGCUCUGUCCAGGCGUGACCGAGGCGAAUCACGAAGACUUUCGAAGCAAUCUUAUGGAUCCUCAAAUCCUGCAAAAGUACCAGCCCCAAAGAGUGGAAUCAGUUGCUCAUGGGCUAGUCUAUGCGAUAAGAUGCGCUCAAAAUGGAACUAUAUGGAUAAGCGAGCAAGGUAAACCUGUUUAUGAAGUUCAACUGUCCGAUAGUUUACCCCAGAAAACGGAUCAAGGGGAGGAACAACAGAGUUAAAUACUUGUAAAAUAGAUUUAUGAGAAAUAAAAUCUAUGAAUUGGUAUUAGAUUUAA